UGCGAUUCUGGCGGCCUAAUUAAAGAGCUGCGUCGCUGUAUAUAAUGUGUUAUUUUUGCGAUGCACAGUGGCACUUCAGCUUAAAUUUUAAAUAAUAAGCUUUAUGAGUCACGGCGUAAUAACACACAGACUUGGGAACAAGUUGUUGGAGGUGGAGAGGGAAAAGACAGAACGAAAAUGACGAACUUGAAAAGUGUAAAGAAGCAGGAAACGAGGAUGGAAAGUUACGCAAGACCAAACAAACGGAGAAAGCUCGAUGAAGUCCACGACUUACCCGGACCAACAGAAAGCCAAUAUCCUCACGAGCCCAGCUCUCAGGUAACCUAUGGAGAACGUAAAAGAAAUAUACCUCAAGACCUGAUCGACAAGUUGAACAUCAGUUAUGACGUCACGGAGAGAUUACGGCGGCUAACGAAAUUUUGUGGGAAAGCGGCUACCGCUGAGAAAAUAGGAGGUGUUCUUACUGAAGGGGAAACGAAUGAUGGGUCAAACUACAACAGAGAGGAAAUGACUAACGGGAAUCACAACGAAGAAGACAAAGAAAGUGCAACUAAAGAAAUCGGAUGUAAUAAAUAUGUAGAUGGAGACUGCGAACGAGGUUUACCACCACUUCAAAAUAUUAUGAAAGGCACAGAAACUGCAGCCUUAGACAAUGAAGAUAAAUUUAAGGAUGCCGCCAAUAAUGUGGAACAGGCCGCUCCUGAUGUUCUUAUAUUCAAACAGGUGUUGAAAGAAAUUAUCGAACAGCGCACAAAGGUUGUUGAAGAAAAAGUGGCGGAAAAUUCACUGAAACUUCAAAAUCGGAUACGAGAGCUCGAGAGAGAAAACAGAGAACUACAGUGGACUGCAAGGAGAAUAUUUGCUGCUUUUCGACAAUUAUUGAUAGAGAAUGAAAAAAGAAAAGAGCCAAAAACAUCACGCGGAGUCCAAGUCAGCACCAUCUGUGAAUCGGCCUCUGAGAAAGAAGUCUCCGAAAGAACACUUCACAUAACCACUGCCGCAAAGGUAAAUGGUGUAAGCACAAUUCUCGCGUCGACGACAGCAGCUCCCCUGACAUCUAUUGCAUCAAAAGUUGUCACAUUAGCAGAAGAUCCACAACCCUCUCUUCAAGCAGCGCCAAGGGUGUUAUUUGAUUCGCAGCAACCCUUGACAGAGAAGCCGGCACCUACCGCUGUUGUGUACACUGUGAAACCCAGACUUGCCCAACUUGCAGAAAAGCAGAAUGGUACUAGCACUCACAACCGUCUCCAUGUGCCCCGUCCUUCAGCAAACGAAUCCACAGCGGCUUUCUUACAAGUAGAACCAGGACAAUCUUCGGAAUCAAUAGCCUCCAGAGCAUUCAGCCAACCUCCUCCGGCUCUGCAGAAUCAGGCAAAAUCUCUUUUGGAACUGAUUCGAGAAAAUCAGCUUAAGCUAUCCCAGCAAACGGAACGUCUGGAACGACAGCAGCAAAUUCAACAGCAACGCACAUCACAUCCGUUGGUUCAAUCAACGCAACAUCAUCCAUCUGAAACUACAGCUUCCCUUUUACAACAAUUGCAACGUCAGCAACAACUUCAGCAACGGCAACAACACUAUCAGAAACUGGUGGAACGCCAACCGCAUAAAACACUUCUACCAACAUCAAGUCAAAUAACUGAUCAGGUCACACCCACUUUGUCAGUCUUUUCCUCCCAAAAGCAACGACAUUCCACACCAGAACAACAAGUAAAAUCUCAGUCCCAAUUGGUCAGACCUUCAGAUGAAUCGCAGGAAAAGCGGCCGUCAGCUAAUUCUUCUAUUGCCUUGCUACAGCAAAGAGAUAAUUCAGCAAUUUAUCAUAGGCCAUCCCCAAGUCACAUGCAUUUCGUGGUAAACUCACAGACCAAGACAUCGUCAGUUCCCUCGCAUCCGCCAAUCAUGUUCAACACAAAACAGAUUGAUGAGGUCUUGAAACGCAACGAAACAGCUUUGCCUCCAAAUGGGAAGAGUCCAAUGUACAUGUCAACCCCUCAAAGUGAACCUCCAUCCCAGUCUACUUCUUCAAAACAAGCUCCAAUUAAUCUUCAAAGAUCAAACUUAACGCACACGAAGCCUCCAGCACAGGAGGUGAUUAAACAUCACGUCCACCACGAACGGCAUGUAUUAUCAGCACAGCCUGCUGCAGAAGUGACAGUGGAAAAUGCGGUAGCACGAGGUCAAACGAAUACAACACUUUCUCAGCGCCUAGUAUCAACUGACAUUUUCCAUGCUCGACCAAAAUCAGUCGGUAUGCAAAAGCAUGCGCAGCAUCCAAGCUCUCAAUUGCAGAAUAUGCAAUCACGACCACCACCUCAAGUUGCAACCCAAAUGCAGAACACAACUGAAACCAGGCGUGAACAAGAGGUUUCCUCCUCCCUGUCUACAGCAAUCGCCAAGCACAAACCAAUUCAAUCGGAUGUUUCAAGCAUGCCACAAACUAUUUUGGUUCCAGCUCGCAAAAAACAUACAAGUGAAGAGCUCCUUCCUUCUGGUUACAGAUUCUCGCUUCCAUCACCUGAGUAUCUUCUUCAGCGUCGGAAGCUAUAUGAACAAACGCAAAACCAUGCUCAAUCGCUGACUUCCCAAAGUAGACAAGUAUCCAUGACUCAUUCCCUUGAAAAUAACUCUUUGAAUGAGAGAAUUAUGGUCUCUUCGACGCAUUCUAGUGGACACGCAGAAGCUGUAUAUACGGUGCAGUCCUCCAACUUUCACACCACAGCCAUCCCAACUCGACCAUUCCAUCAAAAUGGGCAGCGCGUUGAUGUACCAAGCCAGUUGCCUCAUACGGACGCUUAUAACCCUUUUCUAUGUCGACCAUCAGAUAUUCUACUGUCGCAGAAGAAGCAACAUGAAAACCUUUCACAGUCUCGUAACCAGUUAUACAAACCACUUCAAGGGCAAGAACAAGGUCAGUUACCUACAGGAACAGACGGAGGUGGAAAUCUUCGAAGUAGCGUACCAUCUCUACAUAGGCCUCCCAUCCAAUCUCCAGGAAUAUCCUCGAGUGAUCCACGUAUUGAGAAGAAUCCCCGUGAGGCUGAAAAAUCAAGUAUGGCAAACAGUUUAACCCGGAGUUCUUUAAGCGAUCAUGGAGAUGCACUAAAACCUCUUCCUAAGCCGUCAGCGUCGAUUGCUGCGAGGGAGAAAAAAAUUGUUCUCUCUUGGAAUAUGGAACAUGAUGACACAUCAGUCAAAGUAGAUAAUUACGAACUGUUUGCAUGCCAAGAUGUCGACGAAAGCAAAGGCCAACCAAUCAAGUGGAAAAAGAUAGGUAUCGUGAAAGCUCUUCCACUUCCAAUGGCUUGUACACUCACUCAGUUCUCUUCUGGCAGCAAGUAUUUCUUUUCUGUUCGAGCAGUGGAUGAAAAAGAACGAGCUGGUCCAUUUAGUGAUCCGUGUACUGUCUCACUAAGUUCUCACAAAGUUGCUUGAUAUGCAACUGAACGAAAACUUACCCAGGCUAUUUAAUAAUUUAUUCAUUUUUUUUGAGGGGGGAGGGAUGUGACGAUUUCUCGACAUUGUUUUGAUUUUUCUAUAACAUUGUCGAGUACGUUUUUUGUUUGUUUUUUUGCUUGGAUUAUAUAAAAAAUUGUAAAAUGAUAACACCGAGUAGAAUUGUCAAAUUAAGUAAAUUGAGAUUGGAAACAUGAGAGGACUCCGAUAGUAUUUGGUUUGUCCUUCCUAAUGUUCC